AACUCCCAUCUCUCUUUUCAUAACAAAUGGACUACAUCUGUGAUUUCACUGUGCUUCUCAGAAGACCUCGUAUCUCUGAAUUCAGACACGGGCAGGGAAACGACCGAAGUGAAGUGAGAUUGUUAAACAGUCCACUGCAACUUAAAUGCAACCUUUAAUUCGAGUUUAAUAAUUGACGACUCGACGAUAGUUAUGCGUUUAACGAUCGUCAUCUUUCCAAAUUCUCGCGCAACAGCUUCCCUGAAAUGCUCAGGUACUCUUCUGCCUCUCGUCUUCCUCAUCUUCUCUGCCACUUUUACCGAAAGGAAUCAAUCCACGGAAGUCGAGUUCUUUGGUGGAAGGUCAGAGACGAACUCAAGCUUAACCAACCUGAACUGCUGGAAAGGAUAUGCCGAAUUCUUAUUCUUGGACGCCUUAAGGCCAUCCCUCAGCUGUCCUUCGGUUAUACCGAUGAAAUCCUUGAUGGCGUUCUUCGAAAGCUUAGGCUUAACCCGAAUGCCUGUUUAGGGUUUUUCAGAUUGGCGUCGAGGCAGCAGAAUUUCAGACCCAAUAUCAAAUCUUACUGCAAGAUUGUUCAUAUUUUGUCUAAGGGACGAAUGUUUGAUGAGACGAAACUGUACUUACAUGAAUUGGUAGAAAUUUCUAAGACCAAGUCUUCUGUUUCGCUGGUUUUCGAUGAACUUGUUGCAGUUUUUAGGGAGUUCUCAUUUUCUCCAACUGUUUUUGACAUGCUUUUGAAGAUCUAUGCUGUGAAAGGAUUGGUGAAGAAGGCGCUGUUUGUGUUUGACAACAUGGGGAAAGUUGGAUGCACCCCUAGCUUGUUAUCUUGUAACAGCCUUUUGAGUAAUUUGAUUAGGAGGGGUGAAAAUCACACGGCUAUUCAUGUUUAUGAUCAGAUGAUUAGGGCCGGGAUCAUACCCAAUGUUUUCACUUGUACGAUAAUGGUUAAUGCUUACUGUAAGGAUGGUAAAGUGCAUAAAGCAAUCGACUUUGUAAAGAAAAUGGAGGGCAUGGGUUUUGAACCAAAUGCUGUAACUUGCCACUCUCUCAUCAACGGUUAUGUCAAUUUAGGUGAUAUGGAAGGAGCAUGGCAAAUAUUUGGAAUGAUGUCUGAUAAAGGAAUUUCAUGCAAUGUAGUCACUUAUACAUUAUUAAUUAAGGGUUACUGUAAACAAGGCAAGAUGCGUGAGGCUGAAGAGGUCUUCCUACGCAUGAAAGAAGAGUCCUUGGUUGCAGAUGAACUUGUAUAUGGCAUAUUGAUAAAUGGGUAUUGUCAAACUGGUAAAAUUGAUGAUGCUGUUAGAAUUCGUGAUGAGAUGUUGAGUUUAGGAUUAGAGAUGAAUUUAUUUAUUUGCAACUCCCUAAUUAAUGGAUACUGCAAACUUGGACAAGUCCGUGAAGCAGAACAAGUAAUAAUGGAUUUGGAGAUCUGGAACUUGAAGCCAGAUUCUUAUAGUUAUAAUACUCUUAUAAAUGGGUAUUGUAGAGAAGGUUGCAUAAAUGAGGCAUAUGAGCUUUCCAGUGUGAUGCUACAAAAUGGGGUUAAACCAACUGUUUUGACGUAUAAUACACUUCUGAAGUGUUUAUUUCAUAAGGGUGCAUUUCUUGAUGCUUUGAAUCUUUGGUUUUUGAUGCUCAAAAGGGGUGUGGCUCCUGAUGAGAUUAGUUGUUGUACAAUUCUUGAUGGUCUUUUCAAGAUGGGGGAUUUUGAAGGGGCUUUGAAGUUCUGGAAAGGUGUCAUGUCAAGGGGCUUUACUAAGAGCAACUUUAUUUUCAAUACAAUGAUAAGUGGGUUAUGUAGGAUGAAGAAAAUGGUUGAAGCAGAGGAGAUCUUUUCCAAGAUGAAAGUGUUGGGUAAUUCCCCUGAUGGAAUGACAUAUAGAAUCCUGAUUGAUGGGUAUUGCAAAGCUGGAAAUAUUGGACAAGCUUUUAGUGUCAAGGAUGAUAUAGAAAGGGAAGGGAUUUCUUCCUCUGUCGAAAUGUAUAAUUCUCUUAUUACAGGACUAUUCAGAUCUAGGAAAUGCAGUAGAGUGAAGGAUCUUCUAAAUGAAAUGCAUGUGAGGGGAUUAACCCCAAAUAUUGUCACAUAUGGUGCUCUUAUUUCUGGUUGGUGCAAAGAAGGAAUGCUGGAUAAAGCAUUUUGUACGUAUUUUGAAAUGUGUGAGAAGGGUUUAACUCCAAAUUUAACUAUAUGCAGUGUACUGGUUAGUAGCCUAUAUAGGAUUGGUAGGAUUGAUGAAGCAAAUCUUUUGUUGCAAAAGAUGGUGGAUUUUGAUCUGGCUUCAUAUUUUGGGUGUUUCAACAAGUUCUCCAGGCCUGAUAAAAAAUAUCUCAAUGCUCAGAAAAUUGCGAAGUCUCUUGAUGAAGUUGCAAAAAGACAUCUUAUGUCCAAUAAUAUUAUAUAUAAUAUUGCGAUUGCUGGACUUAGCAAGUCUGGGAAGGUAGCUGAGGCAAGAAGAGUUUUCUCAGCUUUGUUACAGAGGGGUUUUGUUCCAGAUAACUUUACAUAUUGUACCCUCAUCAAUGGUUGUUCAGCAGCUGGCAAUGUGAAUGAAGCUUUCGACAUACGGAAUGAAAUGGUGGCAAAGGGUCUUGUUCCAAACAUUACUACAUAUAAUGCUCUUAUAAAUGGGUUGUGCAAGUCAAGGAACCUAGAUAGGGCAGUCAGGCUUUUUCAUAAGCUGCACUUAAAGGGGUUAACUCCUAAUGUUGUGACCUUCAAUACAUUGAUUGAUGGAUAUUGCAAGGUAGGUGAUAUCAAUGAAGCCUUAAAAUUAAAAGACAAAAUGGUAGAAGUAGGAAUUGUUCCAUCUUUUAUUACCUAUUCUGCCCUGAUCAAUGGACUUUGUAAGCAAGGGGAUAUGGAAGCAGCUGCGAAACUUUUGGAUCAAAUGGCUGUAGAAGGUGUAGACCCAAACAUUGUGACCUAUUGUACAUUAGUUCAAGGUUGCAUCAGAUUCAGAGAUUUAAAACAGGUCUCCAAUCUUAAUGAUGAGAUGCAAGUAAGAGGUCUUUCUUCUGGUAUUGUUUCUCAUAAGCAGAUGGGUCUGACAGAACCUGUAGAUGAUAAAGACAUGCCCAAUGUGUAUGGAAUGCCUGACGCUGUGUGUUGAUGCAUACUCUGAUGAAAAAGAUGAUUCCUGUGUAUGGCAUGUUUAUAAACAAGUGAUUUGAUGUUUCAGCCUUUUCACAUGGUCUCGUUAAUUGUCUGACAUGCUUGGAGAUGGAAAAACCUUAAAGAAUCUAUCCAUAUUCUUUAUUUUUUUCGAGUUCUGAAGGCUGGAUUAAGAGAAUACUGGUGCCAUUUGAUGAUGAACAGGACAUGCUGAAAUCAAUUUUGUUGGAAAGAAAAAAAAAGAUUCUUCUGCUGUAAUUCCCUCUUCAAGAAAUUAGAAGAAGAUGGUGGCCAAAAGGCCGAUUACUUCAUAUUGUUUCCACCUGCUGAUUGCCAAACUCUGGAGUUCUGCUUGCAGACAAUGAUGCAUGAUAUUGCUGCCUCAUUGCUGAUGGAAUUUGAAAACUGGGUUCAUGCAGUAUCUGCUACAACUUUGUGAAUAUGCCACUAGAUUCUCAAGCUAGUCUCAGCUCAGAGAAGUUUUUUGUUAAGAAUUGCAGGUCAUCAAGGCUAAAAAAAGGAUGCUUGGCCAUGCACAAAAAACAAUAGAGAUUUCUUGUUUGCAGGCUCACUUGUUGAUGCUAAUGCUUAUUAGUGUACAGCAUUAGAAUUGCCAGUUUUACAAGGGAUUAUGAAGAAAGGAGUGAAGGCAUAAGCUUGCAUUUGGGACACUGGUGGUGAGCGUUCACUUUUUUUGUCUAAAUAGAGAUGUAAGGUUACCUUUGUCAUUUAACAUUUUCUAUCUACUUGAAUUAACGGAAGGGGUAAGUAAGUGUAAUUUGCCCCAGAUAUCAGGGGAGGUUACUGGAAAGCUCAAAAUUCAGGGGAGGUUUAAGUAUUUGUGAGUUUGACAUGUUAGGGGUGAUUUAAGUAAUUUACCCUUAGUAUUUUAAUUGCUUAUUUCCUUUGACAAUGAAUCAUAAGCAGAGAGCUCGUUGUUAAAGUUCAGAACUUUGUUUUUCUCUUA